CGGAGCCCCCUCUUAUUUACUUGUCACCCUCUUCCCCCCCCAGAAGGCCCAGAUUGAAGGAAAGGCAUAAACACGAUCCAACCACCAUAUUCUGUGCCAGAACGUGGUCUGAACGGAAUCUCUCCGUUCUGAUCUGCUAGGCGCGAACUUGAUUGACAUCAUGUCCUCGUCAGUACAACAGCGCAAGGCUGAAAUUCUUGCUAAGAAAGCCAAACUCGCCGAACUCAAGCGCCAGAGGGAAUUGCGCCAGAGGGAAUUUUCACAAGUCCGCGCUAAUAGCGGUGACGCUUCUGAGGUCGUAUCACCAGUACCCAGUCGUGCAGACAGCAGAGCCGAGCUCGAUGACUUUAUCUCUCGUCUUGUCGACCGUCCUGGGUCGGCUUCAAUCGGCCACGGUGCUGAUGGCCACUCGCGCAAAGGCAGCCGACCGAAUUCUGUCCUCAGCGCCAGCCAGUUGAGCGGGGACAACACCGAAGCUUUUAGUCCUCCUGCGCGAACCGUUUCCCAUUCAAUCGCAGUCCAAACAGUCGGAACAGAGCUCUUUGCUGCGGCCACCGAACCACAAUCAGCCCCUGAGCCUAAACCUGAGAUUGUCACAUACAGUAAAGCAGUACAAACCGAUGAUCUAAAAGGAUCCGAUGGGACACCUAUCGACUCCGAAGAUGAAGGUGGUACGAACCGUCUCGGCAAGAAAGCCAGGGAAGUUGAUGAGGAGAUCCUGAAGAAACUCCGCAAAGAGAUUGAGGAGGAAAUACAGACCGCCCAACAGAAAUCCGAACAUGAAACUGGAUCUGAAAAGACCAAAAUGCGAUAUCCGCUUCGCACACUGGAUGAGGAUGAACUCAAGGCUGUUACCUCUUCGGACGACUUCUUAGACUUCGUUGAACGGUCGGCAAGAGUGAUCGAGCGGGCAUUGGAUGAGGAAUAUGAUGUUCUGGCCGACUACGAGCUUGGAGGUGUGGAUGGUGAGCUGGACGAUGAUGACGAACAUGGCAAAAAGAGACGAGGCAUCCGGGAGGUCUGCCAGUUCUGGGAUGAACGAUGGAGCAAGAAACGUAUGAUUAGCGAUCUGAGCUUCUCUCCAAAGUUUCCAGAACUCGUCCUGGCAGCCUAUACCAAAAAUCCGUCUGCGCCCCAUGAACCCGAUGGCCUGGUCCAGAUCUGGAACCAACACCUGCACUCUCGCCCAGAGUAUGUUUUCCAUUCAACCUCCGAUAUUUUAGCCGCCAAGUUCUCUCCGUUCCACCCAAACCUGAUCGUCGGUGGGUCAUACUCGGGCCAGGUCCUGCUCUGGGACACUCGUUCGUCACGAGCAGGGGGAGGUGCACCGGUUCAGAAGACGCCACUGACCGGCUCCGGACAUACCCAUCCUGUCUACAGCAUUUCGAUAAUCGGUACUCAAAAUGCCCACAAUAUCCUCACAGCAUCUACCGAUGGCGUUGUCUGUGGGUGGACCGUUGAUAUGCUUUCACAGCCCCAGGAAUAUUUAGAGCUAUCUACACCUCCCCCUUCGAAAACAGAAGACCUUGCACCAACGACCAUGUCCUUCCCCCAAUCCGACCCGACAUUUUUCAUUGUCGGCACCGAAGAGGGGGGCAUCUAUCCAUGUCACCGUUACGACCGCGCAGGGGCUAAGGCUGGUACCGACCAUCGUCUGGCGUAUCGUGGUCAUGCGGCGCCAAUCAUGUCCACUGCAUUCCACCCGGCGCGAGGCCCUGUUGACCUGGGAGAUCUGUUGCUUAGCUCGAGUCUGGACUGGAGCGUUAAACUUUGGCGUGUCCGGCCCCCAGCAACGACCGCCCCGGCCACCUCAGCCAUAGCGACGACUCAAGUCGUGUCUCCGAUCCUCGAAAUCAAUCGUGAAGAUGUGGUGUAUGAUGCCAAAUGGUCUCCUCACCGCCCUGGAGUCUUCUCUCUUGUCGAUGGUGCUGGCAACCUCGAGGUCUGGGAUCUCUAUACAGACACGGAAGUCCCAGCUGUGAAGACGACGCCAUCUAGGGGCCGUGGUGGCAUUCUAACGCGGAGUCUAAACAAGGUAGCCUGGGAGGAGCGAGAGGGUAGACGUCUUGCCACGGGCGGACUCGACGGUGUGGUGACAGUGUUUGAAGUAGGCAAGGGGCUCGGCGGCACGCCGGAAGACGUGCGCGCAGAAGAAUGGACAGGACUUAAGAAGCUUGUUGGGCAAUGGGAGCAGAAGGACCGUAUGAGCUGAGCUUGACGAGUCCUGGGUCCAUGACCUGACGACUUCUGUAUUUCGGCCUACCGAACGACUGGUGAAUCUUUGAUUCAGCAACAUUUGGUGCCUCACUAUCAAGCAUGAGCACGUCGUUCUUUACACUGAGCACUACCCUUACUGGUCUGAAAGGGCCUCUUGCUAUGGACUAAUCUUCUUCAACCCAAUAUGUAUCAAAUUUCGAGCGGCGCCUUGAUUCAGCUUAUCAUAUACCCCACGGGCAGCUUGUUGAUGUAUCUAGGCAUGUUUAGGGCUGGCGAACAGACGAAUUAUCUUUCUAAUUAUCUUUCUAGAGUGUACAUUAGGU